CAUGCUAUAAAUAUGGAUCUGACAGUGGUACUAUGCACUAUAAAACUAGCACUACAUAGGUGCAUUAAAGCACAGAUAUUGAGUUUUUCAAUUUUCAAAAAAAGAUAAAUUAAAAAGAAGAAGAAAUGGAUUUCAAAUUCUUACCAUUACUUUUCCUCCUGAUUGCCCUCUCAUCGGCUCAUCGAAUAAGAUUAUACAACAAGUGUCCAUUCACAGUAUGGGCGGGAAUUCAGGGUAAUCCCGGACAUCCUCAUCUCGAAGGCGGUGGAUUUCAAUUAAAUUCACGUGCUGCCCGUACAAUCGGCACGGCAAAUAAUUGGGCAGGCAGAGUUUGGGGCAGGACCAAUUGCGAUGGUCGAGGACAUUGUCAGACUGGCGAUUGUGGUAAUAAAAUCCAAUGCAAUGGUGCUGGUGGUGUACCACCGGUUACUCUUGCUGAAAUGACAUUCACUGGAGCUGGAGGUCUUGAUUUCUAUGACAUUUCCCUCGUCGACGGUUAUAAUUUACCCAUGAAAAUGGCACCAACUGGUGGAUUCAAGCAAUCCGGAGGUGGAAAAUACGACUGUAAAGCUGCUGGUUGUAAUUCUGAUCUCAACGCUAAGUGUCCCAACGAAUUAGCCGUAAAAGCAGGAGGAAGGACUGUGGCCUGCAAAAGUGCAUGUCUUGCGUUCAAUACUGAUCAAUACUGUUGUCGAGGAGCUCAUGGUACACCACAAACAUGUAAGAGUAAAGAUUGGCCCAAGAAUUAUCCAGCUAUCUUCAAGACCGCCUGUCCAGAUGCCUACAGUUACGCUUACGAUGAUCAAACCAGCACCUUCACCUGUCGACCUAGUCCAGCCACCAACUAUGACAUCAUCUUCUGCCCCUAAAAAAAGAAGUUCUCAUAAAAAUUACUCUAUUCAAAAUUCCUAAAUUUCAAUUUUAUUGUAUUCGAAAUGUUGCUUCUCCAUUGUAACUUUAUGUGAUGUUUUUCUUAAUUUACCAAUUUUUUUAAAAAGAUAUCCCGAACUUGUGAAAUAAUAUUGUAAAUAACUGUUAUUUAUAAUUACUUAAUAUUCAAUUAAUUAAUUUAUAAUUAAUCA